CACCCAAUCCUCUCAGGUACCCUCUCGGUAGACUCCUGGAUGAUGAGUCAGGAGUGCUUGUUUGAUGCACGGGUCGCAUCAAAUUGGCGCCCGACCAGGGACCUGAGCACGGAUUGAAGGAAGCAGUAAGUGAGGAGAUCCCUUGAAGGAAGGCGCGCUACGCUUCAGAAAAGGACAGUGGACGGUCCUUGGUGGCUUCCAGAACGCCUAGUCAAACAGCACCAUGGAGAAACCAGAGCGCCAACAGUCCAGGAGGGCGAGAAAGAGAUCAGCCCAAACCUGGAAACAGGUUAAGCUUAAUAAAUUCCUAAUUACAAUAUUGGUUAUUCUGACAUGGCAGGUAAGUAUAACAUGGGAGGACACGUAUUGGACGUAUUUCCCAAACCCCCCGAUGCUUGCUCCCGUGACGUGGGAAAUCAAGCCAGUCCUAGUUUGGAUUAAUUCUUCCAUCCCACUUGGAGGCAGGACAAAAAACUUAACCUUUCAACAGACAGCCUUUAACUAUGUUGGUCUGUCCCGGCUUCCUCCACUUUGUGCCUCCCAAACACCCAUGAUGGGAUGCCUUCAUUUGGAAAACAUAACAAAAAAGAGUUCAGGGAAAGAUAGACACAAUCCAUACCUAACAUACAGAUCAGAGUUAACUUUUACAGGACCGUCAGGAAGGCAGCCUCAACAAGCAGGCGCACAGAAGCUGCUCCCUCUGUGCAUGCAAAGCCCCUAUCAAUAUAAUGACGGUCAUAUCAUAUGGAGAGAUUGUGCCUAUCUGAUAGCUACAAGCUAUCAGCUACCAGACUCGCACUUUAGUGUCUCUGAUUGGGCCAUCCCUUAUUAUAGUACAGGGACACAGCUCCCCAAACCAGAAGGGUUUGUUGCCCUUGUACUGACCCCAAACAUACCCAUUAUCCAAGGAGACAACUGGAGGCUAUGGGCAGCCUCAGAUUAUAUAACUCACCUUAACUCUCAAACACCCUGGGGCCAGGAUGUAAAGCACUACACCAUUACUGCCUGUGUCCAAGCCCCCAGUGUCAUUUUGGUUGGAGGGAUACAGAUUAGUAAGGCUCAGUCUAUGUCUAAUAUUUCCUGUCCAAAUUGUCAUCUCACCAACUGUAUUGAUCCAAGGGACAAAGGACAGUCUAUGCUAGUCCUUCGUCAACCACCUUAUGUUGUCAUUCCCACUACUAUUGAGGGACCUUGGUAUGAUGACCCAGGGAUAUGAGCCCUUGAAGAAAUAAACACGGGUUUAAGCCGAGAACGAUGGGCAUUCGGACUCAUCAUAGCAGGACUUGCAGCAGUUAUUUCUAUCAUAGCCACGGCAAUUACAGCCACUGUAUCUUUAAUCAAUUCUAUCAAAACAGCAGAUUAUGUUGAACAGCUUGCUCAAAAUGCUUCUUCAGCGCUUUAUAUUCAAGAAGAUAUAGAUACAAAAAUGGAACUCCGCCUUAGUGCAUUGGAAGACGUUGUUCUUCAGAUAGGUAAUAAAGUUGAGGACGUACGCUGCUAUCUUGCUCUCCGAUGUCAUGCUAAGUAUUGAGGGAUUUGCAUCACUCGUUAUUAGUAUAACUGUAUCCAGUGGAAUUGGAACAUCAUUUUUAAUCACCUUCAGGGCAUUUGGCAUAGUACAAAUCUUAGUAUCGACCUUGACUUGCUUCACAAAGAAAUUAUUCCUAUGCAGGAUAGCAAACUGGAUAUUACUAACCCAAAAGAUCUAGCUAAGGAUGUAAUUAACACAUUUAACAAGUUGAAAUCAAUUUCCAUUGUCCAGACUAUCACCUGGACUUUAGUAGGGAUUGUAGUUCUCUUGUUUCUAAUAUUGUGCUUUGUUUCAGUUUGCCAAGCAGUUUUGAAAUCUUACCUUCAGGCAAUCAGCCUAGAGGUUCAUCGCACACGACUCAUGAUGGAGAUGAAACGCCUGUCCAUGAUGGUGUUAGUUCUCUGUAUAGCCCCACUGCUCACCCUCUAGUUAAUACUCUUUAUGUCCGGCAGUUAUACUCCAUCCCCACCCCUAGAUUUGGCUUCGCGAGGCUGGCCCCAUAGGAUGACUGGAUAGUCAAUGACGGGUAAGAUCCCACCAGGAAGGAUGAGCCUAAGACAGACCCUAGCCAUGAGAUGGCUGGUUAGCCCAUGAUGGGUAAGAUUCCAUUCCUCGAGGAGGAUGACCCAAGGUAGACACAGUCACCACGAUGCCAACCACAGCCUCAGUAAAUCAGAGGUUUGCCUUUAAAUAAUAAAUAAAAAAGGGGGAGAUGGAGGGAGCCAGAGGUUUGUAGUAAGGGUUAAGCCUGA